AUGUUGGAAGUCCAAUACGAUGGCUGUGGGUUAAGUUAUAUGAGUACACUUUCUGGUGAUGAGGAAUUGUCUCUGUUGACAUGGAUGAAGGAUGAGUUCUGGUGCAAGAGACCGGUGUGCAGAUUUGUACCUGAAGAUUCGGAGAGUCCAGGAGAGGUACGAAAGAGUGUGUAUCAGGAUAGGAGUGGAUAUACGGAGAAUCGGGGUACUAUCCCUCAGACUCAGUUGAGGCACUUUUUGAAGACAUUUAUGACAUAUGAAAGCCUCGCCUUUUGGGGCUUAUUGGUUUGCUUUCAGCAGUUCUGUUACGAUAUUACCUGGAUGCCCCUUAAAGCCGCGGGGGCGCUGGGUAAGAUCCUCCGGAUGUUAUGGUUCAAUUCGUUCCGAGGAUUGUACAGAUACAAAUUGAAGAGAAUUAAUUCCCUUACAGGUUCAGGAAUGGGUUCCCUACGCAUGGGGGCAAUGGCAGGGAUUGGGCGUCAGGCUUCGCCCAGACAUUCGGCCCCUCCCUGUCCAACAAGGUCGAACACCAUUAGAAGACCGGUAGUAACAGGCUCUACAUCGACUACCAGCAGAUCCGCUCGGUCUAUGCGGUCGAGCGACGGCCAACCGAAGGGUUUUGAAGACCCUCUCCCAGGACCGGGCGAUCCGAUGCUGAACACUAGUGCCGGAAACGCAAACGCGAAGCCGGGUCAGCGGUUACGAAAUUGGCUGAAUGGCUACAGACUUGGUGACACAUCCCCUGCUCUACCCGCGACGCCUGCGAUGGAUUCGAAAAGGCGUAAGUUUAAACUGUGGCUGAAACGGCUUGGAGCUCCAGGCUAUAAGGUGCUCCAGGAGACUGGCAGGCUGCUGGAAUGCAGACUGGAAAUGAUCGGCCCCACAGAUGUAAGCAACCUUUCGACCUUAAUGGCCUUUCUACUCUCUUACUGGUUAUUCAGAAGAUGCGUAUCAUUCAGUGCUGCAUACCACUUCAUUCGUUCUCAAAGCUUAUUAAAACUUUACGUGAUAUUCAAUGUGCUGGAAGUUGUCGACCGCAUGUGGCGUUCCCUGGAGCGUGACGCCCUUUACGAGCUCAUGGCGAACAUGAAUCGGCUAUUUUGUGACUUGCACCCGAAGCAGAAAGUUGUGAUUGCCAAACGAGCCUUUGACCGAAAAAAUGAGCCCGGGGGAGAUCAUGAUGGGGGAGAUCAUCAAGAAAGGGAUCAGCCGGCUGGAUCGGUGGGAGGGGAACGGGAAGCAACAUCCCCGGGAGGAUGUUGGCGAGAGUCGACCGAGAGCUCUUUUAUGGGUGUGACCGAGGGUCUGGAUUGGUGUUCGGCAAUCGGAAACAUUGUCCUAAAUUUGACGAUAUCGGUCCUUUGUAUUUCAAGUCAUGUGGUUAUGCAUUUGGCUCGUGGUCUAUUAUUGUGCAUCUCCAUGACGUCGGAGCCUACGGCAAUGUUCCUAUUGCUCUUUUCGAACAACUGGGCCGAGUUGAAGGGUACUGUGUUCAAGAAGCAAACCUUAUUUUCAUUAUUUACCCUCGUGUCAGGUGACAUCAUCGAACGGUUUCAGGUUUUUACCGAUGCCCUCUUCGUCUAUCUGCAAAUGAAUAGUGCUCUCCGAGUCGAUACAGAAGGCGAACUAAAUGGACCCACCACGGUGGUUAAAUGGCUCACUCUAAUGUUCGCCAUUGAAGUUAUGGUAGACUUCUGUAAAUACGCAUUCCUGAUCAAAUUCAAUAAGCUCUCCUAUAUGGUGUUCUCAGAAUUCGAAUGGGUCCUUGGAUUUGAUUAUCUUGUGAGCCGGUCUCCUACCUUUCUAGUGACUCGGAAGCAUUCAGUAAAACAACUAGAGGUACCCGUCAAGUUUCAAGGCAUGGCUCCUUUCUCAAGAAUCUCAGCUGAAAGACUCGGCUUUCAGACUCUCGCCCUACUCAUCUUCCUCCUCUCCUGUCUACCAAUUUCUAACUUGCUCCAAUACCCAUUCCUCUCAGCUGCCUGUCUUCUUCUCACCUGGACAUCAGUCGUUCUCCUCAAUAGCAUCUUAUCGUUGUUCCUUAUGGCCUACUGCAGUCGCCACCUAGACUCAAUUAUGAGCGUGACAGACGACAUCGCACAGCUCACCUCUCAAUAA